ACGAAAAGGCACUUUUGAAAUACGGCGAGCGUAGCGUAACUGAAUGUGCUCGAAAGUCUGUACAUUUUGGUUUUCACCAGCUUGAAAUAUUACAUUGUAAUCAUCGACAUUAUCAUUUUAAGAUUAAUGAAAAAUCUUUCGAAAGACCGGAAUUAUGA